GCCUGAGGAAAUUACAAGCGCUCCGCUCGCAGUUGAGGAGCGCGUUGCUUAGCAUCCGCUAGGCCGUUGGUCGCCGCUGUUCCCGCCACCAUGUUUCAGGGACCCGAGACCGACUCGGCGAAACCCAGCUCGAGGGUCCUGCAACCUCCUGGAGGAAGCUCCAGCAAUCUCUUUGGAAGCCCAGAAGUCAACUCCUCUUUCAGGCCACACAGAAUGACAUCUAACAUAUUUGGAGGAGCUGAAGAAACUCAGAACGUUUCAAAGAGAACAAACCCUCCAGGUGGGAAGGACAGUGGAAUAUUUGAGGACCAUAAACCUAAUCCUUCUCGUCAUCUUACAAAUCCACCUGGUGGAAAAGCAAGCAAUAUUUUUGGGUCUCCACAGCCUGUCGACAUUGUCAAAGCUCACCCAAACAAACCCAAGGAUCAUGUUGUUAUCCUGAAUGACAGAGGGGAUGUGCCACAAGAACUAAAACCAAAAGAAGACCAAAGACCACAGGUGGAAGAUACAAGUGAAAAGAGAGAGCCACAGAAGAAGGAGAGCACCAAAGAGCCUGGACCCAAAAUGGAUGAUCAUGAGCCCAGGCUGGGGCCACGGCCACGGUCACACAACAAAGUCCUCAACCCUCCUGGGGGCAAAUCCAGCAUUGCCUUCUAUUAAGGAAAGUGUUCUCUUCUCUUCCCUUCCCCCUCCCCACAACGGAGUCAGCACAGAAACAGUUUUCAAGGUUUGAACUAGAAGUCUAGCCUCCUGGUGCUUGAAGAAAGAGCCAUUUAGUGGUUUGGCAUAUUCAGUAUGUGGCAGAAGUUAGCUUGAGCUUCUCUGGCUUUUAAAGUUGCAGAACAGACUUCUGAGAGUACCCUGAGCUCAUGCACUUUCAAGGCAGAAUAUUGCUUUCUUGAUGCACAGAUUAGGUAAUAUAGCCCUGAGGGGAUUUUAUUUGUGCUAGAUAAGGAGGAAGGCUGGUCUAAACUCUGACUAAAGAUUUUCCUGAACUGUGGACUACAGCUGCCCUUUGUCAUCUUGUAAAAGAGGGAGAACCUUACUAAGCAAGCAGAUCCUCUUCUGGAGAGUAAUUGUCAAAAUGUAUUGUGCAAUAAUUCUUUUUUUGAACUCUUGAAAGUCUUCAACCUUUUGGCUAGUUAAGGAAGGUGCAUAUUGAAUGACAAUAUAUUUGCAGUUGUGGAUGGCAUGGAAUGAUCUGAAAAUUCAUCCAAACCACUCUUGUCUAUAAUCAGACCUUGAAUCUUGUCCAAUGAGAUGGUUAAGAAUGUAGUGUUCUACCCCAUAAUUAGCCUCCAACAGAAGCCAAUUGUACUCAAGGUUCUUUCUGCCCUAGAAGUGUCUAGUCUUAUCUAAUUCUGUGCUGACUCUGUUAGACUAUUUGCCUUCCCUCCUUAUUUUGUCCUAUAAUUUGGAUAGUUUCCAACUCCUCUUCCCCAGAGACAGCACCUUUAACUAUGCUGAGUGAGGCUGCAGCUGCUGUGUUGCCCCCUCUAUUCUUCUAGUUCUCCCCACCUUGCCCACCACCAGUACGUCAAAUUAAAAGUCCUGAUUGUAGCAGGUAGAGGAGAACCUGGAGAAAGGCUGCAGAGGCUGCAGCCCUGGUUAUUGCAGUUAAAAACUAUAGAUAACAUAUUGGUGACCCCAUCUGGAAGCACGGACUAACCCACCUGGUUACUUCUUUGGAUUGUAGCUGCCUUGAGACUUCUGUUUGUCUCUUUCACUCACUCCAUCCAAUUAGGGAAGGUUCCCGGAUUUUUGCAAUACAAUACUCCUGGUGCACAGACUUCAGAUUUUUUUGCAAUAACUUUCUAUUGUUUUCUGGAAUUUCAUGUGGGUUUAGGGGGUGGGAGGGGCUCUUAAACUUCAUGUAUUUAUCACGAUGGAUUCCUGACCAGCUGUACUUUAAGACUUGUUCUUUUUAAAAAACAUCAAGUGCAGUGGCUUGCCUUUAGAACUCCCAUUAUAUAUAGGCGUUCAUCAGGCUUGCCAAAGAACUAGUGGCCUUUCUUGCAAAAUGGCUCUAGGUACCAGCAGAAAACAUUUU